CUCAUUCUGUAGAAUACAAGAAACACUAACACAGACUGCUUCCUCACCCAUUGAUAGACAUCUACCUCACAUUGUCCCUCAUGCCGAAACGGAACAUACUUCAUGGCCCUCAUACAUUUCUCUAUUUACUGUUUUCUCAUUCUGUAGCCUACAAGAAACAAUAGGCACUUUAAUGGAGCGACGGAACAUGCUUAAAUGGCCCUGAGACAUUUUAUUGAUACCAAAUUUUUCGUUCGCUCUUGGGGGAAGCUAUACUGGUCAAUCAAGGAAAUCCGCAUCUCUCAAUCUUUCAAUGCUAUUGAACUUCACCUGUCCAUAUCAAAAUCCAUAUACAAUUUUCAACCCACAGGCUUCAUCCAUUACUGGUACACGGAGCAACAAAGAGGACAAAACAGCACAGCAAUGAGGCCCGCCGCCUCCAUGCUUCCGUCUGCAACUAAUCGCCAAAGAGAAGCUAACAAGAUGUAUAUUGAGGCAAUACAAAAAGUCAAGCACAUGAAACGACCACUGCACCUAACUUUACAAGAGGUAACAGAGGAGGGCCUUCACGUGCUGACAUCAAAAGCAUACUUGGAACAGAUGAGUUCUCUACAAUUGAGUACAUGAAACAAGACAUGUCACGGCUAUAUUUCAGAUGACUUCUGUAUUACCAAUUCCAUCACCAAGUGCUCUGGUCAUGUAAUAAUUUUUUUUAUUAACUUUCAAAUA